AUGACCACCACCGCCGCUGUUCCCCGGCCAGGAGACGACGCUGCCAGCGUCCAUCCCAGCCCUACUACCGUCGCCCCUUGCGUCGUAGCACAGCCGCUCGACCUCUCCUCCUCGGCGAUCGUUGGUGACGCUGCUCCCAACCGCGCCACCACCGCUGCCUCUCUACCGCCGCCCGCCUCCCCUUGGGUCGCAGCAGCAGCCGCCGAUUGUCACCCUCCUAGCGGCGACCGAAACAGGGCAACUCACGGAUUGCCCUUGUUCCCAGCCGCGUCACCACUACUUUUCCCAGCCGCAUCGCCGCCGCUCGAUCACCCGGCCAGCGACCUCUUCUCCUCGCGUCCCCAUCUAACUGGAGCGAGAAGGACUGCUGGCACCGCAGCCGCAGCUGUAGCCGCCGUCGCCGCCGUCGCCGUCGCCUUCCACCCGCUGCUCCCCCGUGCGACGACCACCGCUCGCCUCCCACCCACUGCUCCCGCCCGCUUCCCAGCCGCUGCUUCCAUUUGCUCUGCAUCCGUGGUGACUGAAACAGGGCAGUUAGCACCGUUGCAGUCGCGGGUCCCCUUGCUGCCGCAGUCGCGGAUCCCCUUGCUGUUGCGAACGCCGGUUGCCACCACCGUCGCCACUACUGCCCAGCCAGCGACGACGCCGCUCGCCGCCCAGCCUGGCAGCCUCCGGUUGCCGUAG